UUAUUAGUGUCUAUGAUUAUUCUAAUGGCAUCACGUGACAAUAAUGAUAUUUAUCAACUCCACUCCCACCGAGAAUCUGAAAUAAUCAUGUUUAUCUUCUCGCUCUGAAUCUUUGAUCUACCCUUCCUACGAUAGGAGGACUGGAGGAGGAGAUGGCGGCGGCGGAGAUGGUGUUGGAGCGGCGGGCGUACGCGCGGGUGGGGCUCCUGGGCAACCCCAGCGACGUAUACGGCGGCAGGGCUCUGUCCUUCGCCAUCGCCGACUUCUCCGCCACCGUCCGCCUCCGCCCUUCGGCCGAGCUGCUUAUCCAGCCUCACCCGCACCACGACCUCGUCGCCUUCCCCUCCCUCCCCCACCUCGUGAGUCGUUUGCAAAGUGAAGGAUAUUAUGGAGGUGUUCGGCUGCUGAUGGCUAUCUGUAAAGUUUUCUAUAAUCACUGUAUUCAAAAUAACAUCAGUCUAAAAGCUGAAAAUUUCACCUUAUCCUACGAUACUAAUAUUCCUCGGCAGGCUGGGCUAUCUGGUUCAAGCGCUAUUGUUUGUGCUGCUCUAAGCUGCCUUCUUGACUUCUAUGAUGUCAGGCAUUUAAUAAAAGUUGAAUUGAGACCUAAUCUGAUUCUUGAUGCUGAGAAAGAGCUUGGAAUUGUUGCUGGACUUCAGGACCGAGUGGCACAGGUUUAUGGGGGACUGGUUUAUAUGGAUUUUAGCAAGGAGCAUAUGGACAAGCUGGGUCAUGGCAUAUACAGGCGUUUGGAUGUCAAUCUGCUUCCUCCUCUAUACCUCAUCUAUGCAGAGAACCCCAGUGACUCUGGCAAGGUCCACAGCACUGUUAGGCAAAGAUGGUUUGAUGGUGACGAGUUCAUAAUAUCACAUAUGAAGGAAGUAGCGCAGCUAGCGCUUGAUGGCCACAUGGCUUUGCUGCAGAAGGAUUAUACUGAGCUUGCGAGGCUUAUGAAUAGGAACUUCGAUCUACGAAGAGAAAUGUUUGGAGAUGAUGUGCUUGGUUCAGUGAACAUAAAGAUGGUGGAGGUGGCACGCUCCGUGGGCGCGUCAUCCAAGUUCACAGGCAGUGGGGGCGCGGUGGUUGUGCUCUGCCCAGAUGGGGAAGCGCAGGUGGAGCUUCUCCACAGGGCUUGCCAGGAGGCUGGCUUUGUGGUACAACAGAUCAUAGUUGCACCCUCGGCGCUGUCGGACAAGGAGCUGACAAGCUUGUUAACUUGCUAGUGGAACGAUGGAUGAGCUGUUGAGGAGUUGAAGCUACUGUUUUAUUUGUUUCGGAGGUAAAAGGAAACAAAACAAUAUAACUGUAUGGUUUGCCAGGUUAUGUGUUUUGAUAUGUGGGAUGCCUUGCAUGA